CGCGAGCGAGAGACAGCAUUGCGAAAUCCCCCGUCGACUCUUGCUGAAUUCCAACUUUCAAGUUUCCCCACCACCGUCGUCCAAUUUUUACACACAUUUAAGCGCGUUAGUGUGUGUUGCAUUCGCACAGGCAAUACAUAUAGCAUAUCAGCACGCUGACUGUACAGUGUACAGCGUUGAAUAAGCCGGUUAUUAUAUACGCCGCUGGUCUCUACAGUGCCGGUGGUUUGCCAUUAGUUAGUCUCUUACCUCUCGGCAGUUGUGUCUCCUCUCCUCAUUCCAAGUGCCGUCAGUGCCGAGUGAACAACACAAGCUCUCGUCCACGCAGUAGCAUUUCUAAAGAAAAAAUAAAUCAAGAUGCCAGUCCCAGACUUACAAAAACCAGCACCACAGUUCAAGGGAACUGCUGUUGUCAAAGGACAGUUUAAGGACAUCUCGCUCUCAGACUACGCUGGCAAAUAUGUAGUUCUCUUCUUCUACCCUCUUGAUUUCACGUUUGUUUGCCCAACUGAAAUCAUUGCCUUCUCUGACCGCGUUGCGGAAUUUGAAGCUCUUGGUGUACAAGUAAUUGCUGCAUCCACCGACUCUCACUUCAGUCACUUGGCCUGGGCCAAUCUUCCACGUAAAGAUGGAGGUUUGGGAGAAAUGAACAUCCCCCUCCUUGCAGACAAGAGUGCUAAAAUUGCCCGCUCUUAUGGUGUUUACGAUGAAGAAACUGGCAUUCCAUUCAGAGGUCUUUUCAUUAUUGAUAAGAAACAAAAUCUGCGUCAGAUCACCAUCAAUGACUUGCCUGUUGGAAGGUCUGUCGAUGAAACUUUGAGAUUAGUCCAAGCAUUCCAAUUCACCGAUGAGCAUGGUGAAGUUUGUCCAGCUGGCUGGAAACCCGGAAAGAAAACCAUGAAGCCCGAUCCAAUUGGAUCAAAGGAGUACUUCAAGAACUCGUAAAAAGGGUCGGCAAGAAACAUUGUAGCCCUAACCAUCGAUCUGUUUGUACCUUUGUCGUACCAAAAAAAAAAACAAACAAAAAAUGAAAAAAGUAUUUUAUAAAAAAACUUUUUUAUUGUAACAAAGCUAAAUUAUUUUGGCUAUGAACACAUUGUAAUUGUAACGCGUCUUUUUACACAACUUUUUGUAUAAUAUGAAUUAAUUGAACACGAA